UCCCACAAAUCACCCAAUCACAAUCCAUUGAUAAAAGCCACGAUUCUCUCUCAUCAUCUCCAGCUGAAUGCACCCAUGAAAACUCCAAUCUCUCACAUCCUGCGCAAAUUGAAACCAGCAAAUCAUGCCAAAAUUCCUUCACCUCCUCCCCACCUUUUCAAUCUCCCCACCAAAUUCCCCCCCAAUUCACCCCUAAUUCCACAAAACCGCAGCAAAACCCUACAAAAUGGACCCUCCGUCCCCAAAUUUCUCGAUUCCGUUCCGAAAUUCGACAAAUCCACUCAACGAAGAUCGAUUUCAUCAGCCGAAUCGAACCCUGCCGCUCCCGAUGCAGCCUCCGUCGCUCCGCCGUCGGAGGCGAUCGACGCCGGCUCUUCGAUUAGGAAACCGCUCAGUCUGUGGCCGGGGAUGUACCAUUCGCCCGUCACAAACGCAUUGUGGGAGGCAAGGUCGAAAUUCUACGAGAAGAUUUCGUCGGAAAAUGGCUCAGCUCAGAGUGAAUUGAUCGCGAAGAAACCCUCGGCGAGUCGAACGAGUAUUUUGUACAAGUUUUCGAGUGAUUAUAUACUGAGAGAGCAGUAUAGGAAUCCAUGGAAUAACAUCAGAAUGGGGAAAUUGCUGGAAGAUCUCGAUGCUUUGGCUGGAACUAUAUCUUUCAAGCACUGCUCCGGCGAAGAUAGCUCCACUAGGCCCCUGAUAUUAGUCACAGCAUCCGUCGACAAGAUGGUCCUGAGAAAACCUAUUAAGGUAGACACUGAUCUAACGAUAGCUGGGGCUGUUACUUGGGUCGGCCGUUCGUCCAUGGAGAUCCAAUUAGAAGUGAUUCAGUCUUCUGAAGAAACAUCGGAUCCCUUGGAUGCGGUUGCCCUUACGGCUAACUUCACAUUUGUGGCUCGUGACUCCGAGACCGGAAAAUCGGCGGUGAUUAACCAGAUCACUCCGGAAUCAGAGAAGGAGAAAGAAGUUUGGAAAGAAGCAGAAGAGAGGAACAAAUUGAGGAAGAAGAGGAAAGGCGAACAGAAGAAAGAAAUCAAUGACAGGGAUAUGGACAAGCUUAAUGAAAUGCUAUCCGAGGGUCGGAUUUUUUGUGAUAUGCCGGCUUUGGCCGCCCAAGAUAGUAUUCUCAUCAAGGAUACCUGCCUUCAGAACUCACUGAUGUGCCAGCCGCAGCAAAGGAACAUUCACGGGCGAAUAUUUGGGGGGUUUUUGAUGAGGCGAGCUCUGGAGCUUGCCUUUGCGACUGCUUAUGCCUUUGCAGGAAGUGCGCCUUGCUUUCAGGAAGUCGAUCAUGUAGAUUUUUUUAAACCAGUUGAUGUUGGGAACUUCCUCCGUUUCAAUUCCUGUGUGCUGUAUACAGAACUCGAGAAUCCGAGUAAACCUCUGAUUAACGUGGAAGUUGUGGCGCAUGUUAUGCGGCCCGAGCUUCGAUCGAGUGAGGUAUCCAACAAGUUCUAUUUCACCUUCACCGUGAACUCGGACGCGCUGAGAAACGGCCACAAGAUUCGGAACGUUGUACCUGCGACGGAAGAGGAGGCGCGGCGAGUUAUCGAACGAAUGGAAGCGGAGAGGUCUUACUAGUUGAGCCUCUAAGUUUAGAAACCCUUUUCGUUGCAAUAUAUUUAAUAUUUUUAAUUUUGUUUCACGUAAUAGAUCAGGGCAAUUUUUAUAAAGAGGAUAUAAUUUGGGUGCCAAGUUAUAUCUAGGAUGAGCCUCAAAGUAACUAUAGUAUUAAAAUAUUUAGUCAUCUUUUAUUUGAUCA